ACCCUUGUCCUUGAGCUGAUGGUACGGUCCAAAAUGCGGAGUCCUGUAACUCGCUGUUUUUAUGUUUUUUUUGUUGUUUUUUUGUUGUUUUUUUGUUUUUACGUGAUCGUUUAGAAAUAGCGUUCAUCUCACUUCCCCUGCGCAGAUCCAAAAGGCGUUGUCUUGUGAAUUGGCGUGUGUUUAUUAGCUUUUUGGUCGUUUUUUUUGUUUUUACCAACAAAAUGUUGUCGAAGUGGAAAUGUGCGGAGGGCUGACCGAGGAGAAGCAGGCUGAUGAAGCAGUUCAGAACAUCUGUGAUGCAAUGAAACCUCUGGCAGAGCAGAAAACCGGGAGAAACUUCGAGGUUUUCACUGCAAAGAGCUACAAAACACAGCUCGUAGCUGGGACCAACUACUUCAUUAAGAAGACUUUCAGAAUGGCUGACAUAAAAUGUGGAAGAUCCUCGGGGGUGAAAGACGCUGAUGAGAAAAUUCAGAAAAUCUGUGAUGAGGUUAAGUGUCAAGUAGAGGAAAAAACAAAUGAAACAUAUGAAGUGUUCAAAGCUGUUCAGUACAAGAGUCAACCAGUGCAAGGAGUCAACUAUGCCAUCAGGGUUCAUGUAGGAGGAGACAGCUACCUUCUUCUGCGGGUCUGGAAGAAGCUUCCAUGUUAUGGAGGGGACGCCGUUCUUUCUUCUGUGCAAUAAAACCACAUAAGAAGAUCCAAUCAUACCUUCCUAAUCUGAAGCCAGUACACACCCGAUUUCAGCUGGUUACUCCAAACUUGUGUGGAAGAAAACAAAAUGUUUUAUUACCAUCAAAUAAUUAAAAUGAAGUAAUAUUCCUUUAAAGGUUUGAGCCAAAAGCAGUGCAUUUUAAAACUGCAGUUACUGUGAAAUAUGGUACAAUGUCAAAAAAAAAAGUUUUCAAAAAGAAUAUCAAAAGAAAGAUUCAAAGAAUUUCUUGGUUGUUGAGUUCUUGACAGUUGUGAGGUUGAAUUUCUUGCAAGAAGUCACGGGCCAAUUUGCAAAAAUGUGUCGAGGGUGUUUAAUUACAAAGUUCAAGGUGGAGAUGGAUUUUACAUCAAAAACACUCAUUAUUCACACUUUAUAUAUUUGGAAUAAGUUAUGAACAAUCACCAACAAGAUUUCUCAUUAAAGACGCUGUUACGACCCAGCUCAAAAGCCGCGACAUAAAUAUGGAGACAAACACCACAAUUUCAACGAGAAGAGGUUUUAUUUAGAAUUAUAUUACAAGUUAGUUAAAAUAGCUGGUACCACACCUGACUCGCUGUGGUCAAUUAGCAACAGCUGAACACUCUUGCACUGCCACUGCAAAGAGAUUAGGGGCUGCAGAGGGGCGUAACAGAUGCACAAAUAUGACAGAAAAGAAGCUGUACUGCCAUAAAAUAAUCACAGCAGCAUGUCUCUGUACUGGAUCUCACUGAAAAGUUGGACAUAUCAGAGCGUAUUUAGCUUUGGGCAGACUCACUGCCGUGUCAAGAAUACAGUUAAUUCAGUUCACUUUCUGUUGCUCUAGUUCACAUCAACAUUUUUAUUUUGAACUAUUUGCAAAGAGUCAAGGUGCUUGAAAACACUGCAGUGAAGACACGAAUCACAGCAAAUGGAUGUUCCCCCAAAGGCUAGGUAAAAGGUACACACUGCCUUAUACCAAAAUAAAAUAGUCACAAGCUAAAGAGACAAAGAAACAGCAAAGUGCAAAGAGAGCCUCCACUGAUCCUGAGUCCCUAUAUGAAACAUGUGAGCACCACUGUUGAUUCUCGCAGCCAGAAGUUACAUUCCUGAGUGUUGAAAUGUGACAAGUGCAAAUUGUUGCUCUUUGACCCACGACUCAGCUGCUUAGAGGCAGAAUCUGUAUUCAUUGCUAAACAUAACAUCUCUCCACAUGUCCAUGUUCAGUGCACGUGUUACUGACAUCAGUGCAUAUGGGAGGAAUUGAUUGUCUGGGCAGAGCACCAUUGGCCAAAUCGUCCUGCAAACUUUGACUGCAAAUCUGUAGCAGACUGCUUACAGAUUUCUAAAUGCUGACAGGGUGCGGAAACUGCCUUCUUGUGGUGUCGUGUUCUUAGGACGCUCACUUCGCGGCUUGUCUCUGACAUCCGCGGUUAAAUAGAACUUGUUCUUCAGUCUGGAGAUGGCAUUAGGGCUCACUCCAAAUAACGUUGCAUGAUUUUUUUGUGGAACACCAGUUUGAAGUUGCCCUAUGGUGUGGGAACUAUCCACAUCUGUUAAAUGUAGCAUGCUUGGAGCAGACCUCUGCUGCACCAGGUUCCAUGCUCACAGGAGAUGCUAAUUAGGCACCAAUCAGGCACUGGAUUGUCAGCACCUGGGGUACCUGAAGUUCAAAUAUCGAUCCAAAUAUCGAUGGUAUUGAUACCAACUCUGGCAUUGGCGAAAAACUGAUUGCGGCCUACACCUUGUUACAUGAAUGUUGUUUGUGGCGCAAGAUGACUUGAUGUCAUUCAUGAGGGAUCCAUUUCACAUAUGUUUCACAUAUUAUAGACCAACAAGUUAUUUAUAGCAGUUUAAAUUUGAGCAAACAGUUUUUGGCAAAUGCCGGAAAUCAGCUUUUGACGGACGAUCAUUUUUUGGCACAACACCGGCAGACUCCACAGUUAGCUGUCAUACGCUUAAAUAUUUAAGAGAUUUAUCGUAUAAACACAAAACGUCUAAAAAUGUGAAUAAAAGUCAUUAUUUUCUUGU